AUGGCGGACGUGGACGUGGAUACGGAGGUGGCGGCCGCGGGGCCGAAGAAGAGGACGUUCCGCAAGUACAGCUACCGUGGCGUGGACCUCGACGCGCUGCUCGACAUGUCCACCGACGACCUCGUCCAGCUCUUCCCGGCGCGCGCACGGCGGAGGUUCCAGAGGGGUCUGAAGAGGAAGCCCAUGGCGCUCAUCAAGAAGCUCCGCAAAGCGAAAAAGGAUGCUCCCGCCGGUGAGAAGCCUGAGCCUGUGAAGACCCACCUCCGCAACAUGAUCAUUGUGCCUGAGAUGAUUGGGAGCAUCGUUGGCGUCUACAACGGCAAGACCUUCAAUCAGGUUGAGAUCAAGCCGGAGAUGAUUGGCCACUACCUUGCAGAGUUCUCCAUCUCGUACAAGCCAGUCAAGCACGGUAGGCCCGGUAUCGGUGCUACCCACUCUUCGCGGUUCAUUCCUCUGAAGUGA